UAAAUUGUUUCAGUUCCUUCUCCCAUAGCCCAAUUGCCAUUUUCUGAAAUACGAAAUAAGCCUGUAUAAUGGCAUUCAACUCUUAGGUCUCUUGAAGUUGCAGCACUGGAGUAGCCAACUGACAGAGAGUAACAUGAACCGUGUUCUCUGAGAGGGAAGCAAAGAGACGCUGAUUUAGAAUUAGGGUUCUGUGAGAUGAGAGCAAAUGCCCAAGUUGGGCCACAUAAGAAAAGGGUGCUUUCACCUGUAGGGGACAUAGAAAAGGAGGUUAAAGGAAGGUUUACUUUGUAGAUCCUCACGCAUUGCAAAUGGAAGCAGGAAAGGUUGAUAUUUGUCAGCAAUGUGGAGACACUGGUUUUAUUGAGGCUUUAAAUUAUUGUAAAAUAUGUCGGACUUAUCCUAUCCAUCGCUAUUGCUUGGAUAAAUUGCCAAAAACUUUUGAUGAGUAUGUUACUUGGUUUUGUGAAGAUUGUGAGGCAACAGUGGCGCCAAUAGUAAAAUCUAAAGUUAAAUUAAAAGAGAAAAAGCUUAUCAAACGACUGAAGAAGAAAUGGAAGGCAAUGAUGAAAAGGAAGGCGAACGAUGAUAAAAAUCAAAGUAGUCAUCCUCUUCAACUUCCCGACACACAUUGCAGCGGAGAGAAUGAUACAGCACCUGGAGGGCCGGGAGAGCUAGUUCGUGAAGGUGGAACCAAUCAUGAUGAAGUCGCUGCAUCGUCUGAUACAUCUGAUUUCUUAAGGCACAACUGUUAUGUUGCACAACCUAUAGUCGAUCCGGUUUGGAGGGGAACUUUAGAAGUUUGGAACCAAAGUUUUGGUGGAGUUUGUGUACUUGUUGCUCAUAUGUCUAGCUUAGCAUGCUCGAAAGUGUAUGAGGAGGCAAAAAUAUUACCCGAGUUACUUUCCGUUGAAAUACUUCGUAGAUCCGAUAUAUGGCCGAAAGGGUUCGAGAAAUUGGGGCCAACUGAUCAAAGUAUUGCUCUUUAUUUCUUUGCAGAAGGGGAAAGAAGCCAAAAGGCGUUUGAUCUUCUCAUCAAUUCAAUGAUGAGCCAGGACCUAGCCAUGAAGACUGUGUUGAAGAAUGCAGAGCUAUUAGUUUUUACUUCGUCCGUGUUACCGAUGCGAUAUUGGAGAUUUCAGACGAAGUACUAUUUGUGGGGCGUCUUUCGUGCGAAGCGAGCUGCACAACCGAGAAAGAAUGUGGCUUCUGAGGAGAGAACUUUUACUGAGUCAUCACCUUGUAUACAAAGCCCUAUAAGUCCUACAAGCCCUUUAAGCAACACCAGUGUUCUUCAUUCUGGGUCGCUUCGUUCUUGCUCGCCUCUACCAUGACUUACUGGUUAACCAAAAUGAGUCUGGCUGUAGAUUCAAACUCAGACAUUACUCUCAGGACCGACAAAAUUCCGACCAAAAGAUGCAGCUGAAGAAUUCAGACUUGAGGUUGGGAAUGGUGAGAGCUUGAAAGAGGAUCAGUAGAUGAUGAAUCUGUCUUGUCGACGAUAACGGUCGUUCGGAGCUUCAAUGCCAUAUGCUAAGGGGGAGAGGAGCGGCUGAACAGUUCUCCUUUAAACCAAAGUCCACAUUAAGUUAAGGGAAGUGCCUCCCUUUACCAGACUUUUGCAGUUUUUUGAUGAUUUUGUGGGGGAUGGCUUUCGUGUUGUGGCUUUAUUCUUACCUAUUUGUUGUGAAUCUCUAUUAACAUAAUGUGUGUGAAGCCUGGUCAGGGUUGUUGGUGAGUUAGCUGAGGGUUGGUUCCAAAGUGGAAGGUUAUGGUUCUUGUAGUUAUACAUUUUAUUUAGGUUAAUGGCUAUUCUUAUUGGGACAAUAAAGUCGUUCCAACACGUGAGGUUGAAGAUUCAAACUUCUAAGUUGUCGAGG